CAUCUUGCUUCCCUCACUCACACUCCCGCUCUCGCUCUGCUGGGUAUGGCAUGUAUGUGAGCGGGUGCACUCCUGUUUACAUGCAUGCCUGCAUCUGGGACAGACUCUCGCGCAUUCUGUGGACUGAAGAUGCUCAUGCUCCCCACUCUGAGAUUUUUCUGGACGCUUUGCUUGCUUUGAGGAAUUGUGUGCCGUUUUAGUUUUUCCUCUCACUCAUUGAAUUCUUCAAAGGCCUCCUGUGUGCCACCCUGCCACUCUGGAGCGAUUCGGAUCUAAGCUGCACUCCGGCAGGAUGGAAUUGCCAAAUUUAGACUCCACCGCAUGACGUUUCUGCAGGUUACCAUCAAAAUGGUGGCCAGAGAGGCAAGUGGGCACAACUACCUGGUGGCGUGCUGGCAGCCCAUUCUCAUCCUGAUGCUGGGUACCGUGCUGUCCGGCUCUGCCACUGGCUGCCCCUCUCGCUGUGAGUGCAGUGCCCAAGAGCGCUCGGUCGUGUGCCAUCGGCGGAAGCUGAUCGCCCUCCCUGAGGGAAUUCCCACUGACACACAGCUGUUAGAUCUCAGCAAAAACCGCUUGAAAGCCAUCAACCCGGAAGAAUUUCUCAACUAUCAACACUUGGAGGAGCUACAGCUGAAUGAGAACAUAAUUUCUGUCAUUGAACCAGGGGCCUUCAGCAACCUCCUUGGCUUGCGAAUAUUGGGACUACGCAACAACAAGCUGAAGUUGAUACAGCUGGGUGUUUUCACUGGCCUCAGUAACCUCACUCGAUUAGAUAUUAGUGAGAAUAAAAUAGUAAUUUUGUUGGACCUUGUGUUUCAAGAUCUCUACAACCUAAAAGAACUGGAGGUUGGAGACAACGACCUGGUGUUCAUCUCUCACAGAGCUUUUCAUGGCCUUAGCAGCCUAGAGCAGCUCACUAUGGAAAGAUGCAACCUGACCUCUGUGCCAACAGAGGCCUUCAGUCAUCUUCACAACCUGCUGACCCUCAGACUGCGACAUCUCAACAUCAACAUCAUUCAAGACUUUUCCUUCAGGAGGCUAUAUCGACUCAAAGUCUUAGAGAUAGCAAACUGGCCUCUUUUAGAAACCUUGACCACCAAGUCCCUCCAUGGACUUAACAUCACAACCUUGAGCAUAACAAAUUGCAAUCUCACUGCCGUCCCUUAUGAGGCCAUUCAGCACCUGGUGUACCUUCGAUUUUUCAACCUGUCCUUCAAUCCAAUUGAGGUUGUGGAAGGCAACAAAAUGCACAAUUUACUGAGGCUCCAGGCAUUUCAUUUGGUUGGGGGCAGGCUAGUCAGCAUUGAGCCUUAUUCGUUCAGAGGACUCAACUACCUUCGGGUACUCAAUGUAUCCAGCAAUAGUCUAAGCACUUUAGAGGAGUCUGCCUUCCAUUCAGUUGGCAAUCUGGAGACACUGGCUCUUCAUGACAACCCCCUGGCAUGCGACUGUCGUCUCCUCUGGGUCUUUCGCCGUCGAUGGAGACUUAACUUCAACCGCCAGCAGCCAUCUUGUGAAUCACCAGAGUUUUUGCAGGGUAAAGAAUUCAAAGACUUCCCGGAUGUUCUCCCUCUGAAUUAUUUCACCUGUCAGAAAUCCAAGAUCCAGGAUCAAAAAGCCAUUCAUAGAUUUGUGGAUGAGGGGACCACUGUCCAAUUUCCUUGCCAAGCAGAUGGAGACCCCGCACCCAUGAUAAUGUGGCAGUCUCCAAAAAAGCAAUUUAUCACUACUAAAAGCAUUGGCCGGCUGUCUGUGUCUCCAGACGGCACACUAGAGGUUAGAUACGCCCAAAUACAAGACAAUGGCACUUACACCUGCAUUGCUGUCAAUGCAGGAGGUAACGACACCCGUUUGGCUCACCUACACAUUCAUAGCUACUCUCCCAAUUGGCCCCAUCAGCCCAAUAAGACCUUUGCCUUCAUCUCAAACCAGCCCAAUGAUAGCGGUGCCAAUGGAACUGGUGCGACGAAUCCCUUUCCCUUUGAUAUGAAGACUCUCAUUAUCGCUACCACCAUGGGGUUUAUCUCUUUCCUGGGAGUGGUACUGUUCUGUCUGGUGCUCUUGUUCCUCUGGAGCCGAGGGAAAGGCAAUGUCAAGCCAAACAUUGAGAUUGAGUAUGUGCCACGGAAAGUAGAUGGAGAAAGCAGCCCGACUGAGGGAUCUCAUAAGAUCAGUAUGAAAAUGAUUUAAAAGGCUAAUCGCCAUUGUGUGUGCAUUACGUGAAUAGGUGUUCAUGACAACAGACGUACCAGGAGGAAUAAGGGGGUAAUCUCUGCACCCCUUAUGGAAUUGUGAAAAGAACAUUGUUCUGAAAAAAAGCCUUUUACAUUUUUUUUACAGAUUGUACAGAUCAACACACACACACACACACACAUACACACACACACACACACACACACACACACACACACACACACACACACACACACACACACACACACACACACACACACAGGUAUUGUGUCCUCAAAGAGAAAGCAGACAGAUCAUUUGAGGGUUUCAAAAAUCUGUGUACUUGUUCGGGUAAGUGUUGAAAAAAAUAGUCCUGUUGAAAUUUAUGUGAAAGCCAGAAUUUGGGAGGACCGGUAUAAAUUUAUACCUGUCCUUUGUUGUCUUUUUCUGUACAUAACUAUUUCGAUGUACGUUAGGCAAUACAGUGGUUGAAUGCAGCUGAUAAGAGGUUAUGGAUUGCUGAGCCUACUGGAACGCAUGUGCUAUGUCUAGAUACAUGCAAAGUCUAUAGGUCUAAUUAAAUCACUGUAAAUGUCCAUUACCAACUCUUUAUAAGAGAUCAGUUUGUUUAAAAUGAUUUAUUGAUUAGGCUUGACAAUCAUUACUAUCUCAAAGGUCAAGUUAUUAAUCAUUAAACAUGGUUUGAUGGUACGAUUUCGAUUUUGACACCUUACAUGGUAAAGCCAGAUGUAGCUUUGAAUUUAAAGCCAUUUGCUUCAUCUGAACAUGUGACAAAACUAUUGGACCUGUGGUUGCACUCACCCUAAAGUACUAUUCCAUUUGACAGAUCUCCUCAGUUUUUAUUCACCUACCAUUGAAAAAUUUACAGUUUUAUUGUUUUGGUUUAUUGUUGUCAAUAUGCCAUGCUAUAAUGCAUUUUCUACCAAUCUCAUGAGGCAGGUGUUGCUAUAGUUAAAUGUGUUCUACAACCCUUGAAACACUUACAGUGCUGAUUUUUGGACAAUGGAUGGCUGUAAAACAUUAAAAUGACAAGCUUUUAUA